AUGCUGAAAGAAAUCAAUGCGCUACUUCCUCAGAUUCAUAUUCCCAGCUGGAUCAAACGUGCGCUACCAGUUCUGGGUAAAGCUUCAUUUGGCAAAUUGAAAGCUGAUGAGUGGAGAAAUCUAUUCACAAUUCAAUUACCUCUGAUCCUCAUUCCAAUGUGGUAUGGUCAUGAUCAGGUCAAAUCAUCACUCCUCAAGAACUUCUGUCAUUUGGUAUCAUUGGUUAACCUGGCACUCAAGCGCGUGAUGACAUCUGAAAUCAUUUCUUCAUACCGCUAUCACAUCCGUGAAUAUUUAGAGAGUUCAUUCCUGCUCUUUGAGCACUGUAAACCUACAUGUAACCAUCAUAUGGCUAUACAUCUAGCUGAUUGUCUUGAAAAAGCUGGGCCAGUUCGUUCUUGGUGGUCAUUCCCUUAUGAAAGGAUGAUGGGGGCUAUCCUCAAAGCAAGUCAUAAUAAUCAUAUGGGCGAAAUCGAAAUAACAUUCAUGAAGAGUUUUUGCCGUGCAGGGAAUCUUGCAGGAAUACUCGAAGACGAAAAGCUUCCUGAGGCUCUUCAUCCUUACAUAUCACGCUUGAAAGAAUUAUACGAGCCAUCACCAAAACUUCGCAGACAAGUUUCGAACUCAAAGAUGCAAUCUCUUGAACCUGUUGUCUUGAAAUCAUUGACCAAGCGCUUGAACAAACAAAGGAAAGAUGAUUGUAUAUGGGUGAUGCCGGAAAAAUGGGCUUCAAUGUCCAAAGAAAGCUCUCUUGGGUUCUCUCCAGUUGCAGCUCAAGGAAUAUUUUAUAAUCAAGUUUCACAUUUGAAUGUGAACUUCUCAACAUUCAAAGCCAGUCGCAAAGAUAGUUUCAUUAUCUUCAAUUCAUUACAAGGAGAAACCUGCUUUGGUCGAAUUCACUCUAUCUUUACACACCGCCGAAGUCCGGAGCCAAACAAAAGUACAAAAGAUACAUGGCUUUGUGUACAAGCAUUCCGUGCACUCUCCCCCACUCAGUAUAAUCCAUUUUCAAAAGUUGAUGCGCCCGUCCAGGUCGAGUUGCGAUUAUGGGAGAAGCCUGAAAGUGUCUUGGUAAGAUUAGAUGAAGUGGUGGCGCACUGCGCCUGGAUGAUGUAUCAAGCUGGUUCAAUUCACGAGAGUUUGAACGUGUCAACAGUCGCAUUGGUGUCUAUGGAACGAUGA